CCUCUUUCACAUUAUUUCUCAACAGUUUCUCAGAAUGUGGAUAUACGUCGUGCAGUAAAGACCGUUUUUUAAGUUUUUCUCUAAAGUUCGUUCGUGGGUUUUUCUCACUUCUAUUUUUUCACAUAUAUGGAUUUAAGUGAAGUGAUCGCAGAAUCUGUUUAAUAAAUUAUCAAAAAAUGAUUACAACGAUGAUUCGAUAAGGUUCAAUUAAUAGUGCAAAAAAUACACUAAAAUUAAAUUAAAUUAGUGGAAAAAAGGAAGAAAUAAAAAAUAAUUAAAAUAAUAAAAAUUGUCAAAAUGAAUUCAAGAAUAAUAGGAUUACUGAUAAGACCUCUUCUGCUGCUACUGCUGCUUGUCAACAAUAUUAAUACAUUUAAUUUAGAUGUUGCAAAUUAUAUUAGUCAUGAAGGACAAGAUGGAUCAAUGUUUGGUUUCAGUGUUGCAUUGCAUCAGGAACAACGAAGCUGGGUGAUUAUCGGCGCACCAAAAGCAGAUACCUCAAAAUUCCAACACGGUGUGUAUAAUGCUGGUGCUGUAUAUCGAUGUGACAUCUCAGAUGAUAAUCGCUGUCAGAUUAUACAUUUUGAUUCGAAUGGCAACAACUACAAUGAGCGAAAUGAACAAAUUGAUACAAAAUCAAAUCAAUGGUUUGGAGCUACGGUUUCAAGCACCGGCAUUAAUGGUCCGCUUGUGGCUUGUGCACCACGAUACGUCUACCAUCAACAUCAGCCGAAAAAGGUUGAACGUAACGAACCUGUUGGUACAUGCUUCAUUGCCAAAGAUAACUUUCGAGAAUUUAAAGAAUUUUCGCCAUGUCGAACAAUGUACUGGGGAUAUCAUCGACAGGGCUCAUGUCAAGCUGGUUUGAGUGCUGCUAUUAGCAAGGAUGGAGAGCGUCUUUUUGUUGGUGCACCAGGAAGCUGGUAUUGGCAAGGACAAGUAUAUUCAAUUAAUACCGAUGCUGAGUAUCCUUUUAAGCCCCCUCGAUAUGGGCAAUUUGGCGAUGGAGGACAAAUGUAUUCCUAUAGCCUGAACAAUCCCAAAGAUAAAGUUUAUUCGACGAAAGAAAGCUCAUCAAAGGAAGAUGAUUCAUAUUUAGGAUAUUCAUCAGCAACUGGUGAUUUUAUUGGUGAAGGUUUACAAGGUGUUGCUGUUGGUAUGCCACGUGGCGCUGGACUUUUAGGUAAAGUUCUCGUUUUCUCAUGGAAUCUCACAAAUCAAGUCAAUAUUACUGGAGAACAAAUUGGAGCUUACUUUGGAUACUCAUUGUGUACUGUUGAUGUUGAUGGUGAUGGUCUUCAAGACUUGAUUAUUGGAGCUCCAAUGUAUACAGAACCUAAUAAAGAUAAUAAAUAUGAGACUGGAAUUGUUUAUAUCGUUUAUCAGAGCAAAAUGGAUAACUUCAAAAAUCUCGAAACACGUGAAGGAAAAGCAUCUAAAGGACGAUUUGGUUUAGCUUUAGCAUCCCUUGGCGAUAUUAAUCUUGAUGGUUAUGGAGAUUUUGCAGUCGGUGCUCCUUAUGAUGGUCCUAAUGGUCGCGGUGUAGUCUAUAUUUAUCAUGGUUCAGCCAAUGGUCCAUUAAAGAAGCCAUCUCAAGUCAUUUCAUCUGAAGAUGUUGCUGGAACUCCACGACCAUUAACUACAUUCGGUUUUUCACUUGCUGGUGGAAUUGAUUUGGAUGGAAAUCAGUAUCCUGACCUCGUUGUUGGUGCUUAUGAGUCGAGCUCUGCAAUUGUCUUCAAAUCCCGCACAGUUGCAGUAGUUGAAGCAAGCUCUAUUUUUGAAUCUGAGAAUAAGCUCAUCUCUUUGGACAACAAAAACUGUACAUUAUCUGGACGAGAUAAGAGGCAGGUAGCUUGUACAGCAAUUACAUCAUGUUUGUCAUUUAAUGGCAAGAAUGUACCAGCAAUUAUCGAUAUUGAAAUCUCAUGGGUUCUUGAUUCUAAAAAGACUAAAACACCAAGAAUGUUUUUCGUCAAUGAAGAGACCAAAAAUAUUCGUAAUUCAACAAUGAGAUUGUAUCGUGGCAAGUCUGAAUGUCGCUCGGAUAAUGUUUAUAUUGCCGAUGGCAUUAGAGACAAAUUGACACCAUUGGAAGUUGAAAUGAAGUACAACAUUAGAACAUCAUCAACAUCUUAUGCAUCCUCUGAACAUAAUAGACGUGCACGUGCUGUAUUAGAGACCGUUUUAGAUGAAAAUCGUGGAACUGUUCAACGGGAUUCAAUAAAUAUCAUGAAGAAUUGUGGAAAGGAUAACAUUUGUAUUCCUGAUUUGAGACUUGAUGUCAAGACUAAUGAUAAGUAUAUACUUGGUGGAAAUGAAUCUCUUACUGUCGACAUUUUAAUAAGCAAUCAUGGAGAAGAUGCAUUUGAGUCAACUUUCUUCAUGACUGUACCACAAGGAUUAGAUUUUAAGAGCACAAAGAAACUUGGCGAGAGUCGUGAUACAUCCUUUAUUUGUACAGCACCAAGCGCAAUGACGAACUAUACACUUAGAUGUGACAUCGGAAAUCCAUUACCAGCCAAGAAAUCUGUAAACUUUAAAGUUAUUCUCGAGCCAUCAAGAAAGGCUGGAUUGUCACCAUAUUAUGAAUUCUACAUGGAAGCAAACUCUACAAACGAGGAAGCUGAAGGAGGUCACUCUGAUAAUGUAUAUAAAAAGCAAGUCGCCAUCUCUGUUGAAUCUGAUUUAUCAAUUACUGGAAGAUCACAACCAGAUGUUCUUCAUUACAAUGUUUCUCAGUACAGAGAAUUUGGAAACUCAUCAAAUGAAGCUGACAUCGGUCCACAUUUCGUUCAUAUUUAUGAUAUUCGUAAUAAUGGAACAUCCACAAUAGAAGAAAUUGAAUUAUUCAUCAAUUGGCCGGCAAUGACUUUAGAUAAGGAACCGUUGAUGUAUUUAUUGAGUCAACCUGAAAUUUCAGGAAAUGUUUAUUGUGAACCAACACAGUUUGUGAAUCAGGAAAACCUUCAAACUGAUGUUUCACUUGAGAGAAAGAGUUUCUUGGACAAGAAUCGAGCACCAAUAAGAAGCGGUGAGGGACGAUUCUCAUCAGGUGCAUGGCAAAAUAAAAAUAGAUAUAAUACUCAAGGUCAAGCUACUAACGAGGAAAAACAAAUUCUUGACAAAUCUGAUAGCCAAGAAGUUAGUGCUGGAGAUGCUUCUUUAGUACAUGAAAAACGUCAAAAACAUAAAGGUAAAUGGCAACAAACUCAAGGAAGUUGGACAGGAGGUAGCACAUCAAACAAAAAUCGUGAAGGUUCUAGCACAGGAAUCACAAGUCAUACUGCACAUACCGAUAGAACAGUUUCUGGUGGCGGAAGUGGUUAUGAAAGUAGCUACUUUGAAAAUAAAACCUAUUCAAGUCGUAAUAAGGCAGGUUCAGGAUCGGGCUCAGGAUCUGGAUCAUUUUCUUUUGACAGUUCCGGUGGUUCUGGAUCUGCAGCUGGAAAUCAAGGAGGUUCAUCAAUAGCAGUUGAUAAACGUGGAAAUUCAGGAUCUAGUUUCGAUUCACAUACUUCAGGAUCUAACGUACAUGGUGGCUCCGGAGGUAAUGUUCGUGAAUACGAAUAUCAUGAACAAUGGAAUAGUACCUCAGUUGAUGGUGGUCCACAAAUAACUCAUGUCUCUAAAAAGAAUCAAACAUUUGUAAGAGGUGAAGGUGGUCGUGUUGUUUUAUCAGAAACAAGUACAGAGACUGUUAUAACUGGAGGUAUUGGACAUUCAUCAUGGCAAUCUGGUGGAUCAUCUCAUACUGACAUUCAAGGAUCAUCCCAUGUUGACAAUCGUUUCGGAUCUAGUCACUUAAUAUCACAAACACAAGAGGAACAAGAAUAUGAAAGAAAACGUUUAGAAUAUCUCGAACAGCAAAAGAGGAUUCAAGAUGAGCAAAGACGUCUUCAACUUGAAGAACGUAGAAGACUUGAUGAGCAAAGACGCGCUGACGAAAGGAAAAGAGUAGAACUUAAUGAGAAACGUCGCUUAGAUGAUGAAAGACGUUAUGAAGAAGAAAGACGUCAGUACGAGGAAGAACAAAGACGUCGAGUGGAUGAGCAAAGACGUAGACUUGAGGAAGAAAGACUCCGAUCUCAAUCAAAUACUCAAACUAGUUCUUCUUAUGAGGCAAGUCAAACUAGGUCUAGUGGUAAUCGUCAAGGAGGUGGAAACAGAUCCCAGUCAUCACAUUCGUCACACACAUCCUCUUCAUCGUCAGGCGGCUCAUCAUCGUUCGGUACUGGAAAUAUUGACGUAAACUUCGAUGAGAAUGUUCAUCAAGAUAUUUCAUCAUUAGCAGCUAGAACACAUGCACAAAAUACUCAAACUCAAUCAUUAUCACAAAGUGGAUCUCAUUCAGGACGAAGGAGAAUGAUGAGUCAACAAGAUGGUGAACCACCAAGACCAGAUUUAGUACAUGGAGUGACAACAUUUGAGAAAGCAGCACAAGGUGGUCAUGGACUUCAAACUGUUGGAGUAGAUUUAGGUAUUUUGGGAGGCAGAAAUAAUGUUGAUGAAGAAAUGAGAAGGCAAAGUGGUUCAUCAGGUGGAUUUUCUGCUAGCAGUGGAAGUGGGCAGUCUGCAAGCAGUAGAAGUGGUCAAACAACAAGCAGCGGAAGUGGAAUAAUAGCAAGCAGUGGAAGUGGACAGCAACAUUCAUCAAGUUCAAACACACGAUAUUCUUCAGGAACAAGAGCAGGAUCAACAAGUGGUUUCAGUCAAUCAAGUCAAGUUUAUACAGAUGAUGAUGAUGAGUACGAAGACGAGGAAGAAAUUGAAGAUGAUAAUAAUAACGACAGAUCACAAGGAAACUCGUACAGUACACAUUCCAAAUCAUCAUACUCUUUCCAAACAUCCGAUCCAAAUAGUCCACAAUUUAAGCAUUACCGAAGAACUCGCGAUAUCUCGAAUGAUAACAGCAAUGGUCUUUGUGGAUCUGCACACUGUGUCAAUGUAAGAUGUGUCGUUGGUCCACUUGAGAAGAACACAGGAGCUGAGAUUGCACUCAGAAUGAGAUUAGUAGCCCAUACACUUAAUAAACUUGGAAGUGAGCAGGACAUUAAACUCUCAACAAUGGCAAUAGGAAAGAUUACAAAGCUUCCGUAUGUUGGAACUCCAGCAAAUGAGACACUAAAAACACACGAAGUAUUUGUGACGGCAAUACCAGAUCCAGUACCAAAACCAGAUGUUAUUCCUUUAUGGAUUUUUGUCUUGGCAGCAUGUGCUGGUGCACUUAUAUUGUUACUUCUUAUUUAUUUGUUGUAUAAGUGUGGAUUCUUUAAGAGAAAUCGACCAACAGGAGCUGCCCACGAAAGACAACCUUUAAAUAGAAAUGGCAAUUAUCAUGGUGACGAACAUUUGUAAAGUCAUCCCGGAGAAUAAAAAUUGUUGUGUUAUUUAUAAUGAAAAGAAAAAAAAAACUUUAAACUGUGACAAAAAUGUGCAGCAGCAUACACCCAUUAAAUUAAUUAAAUUCUUUUUGCCAUCUUAUUUCAAUGAUCUGAGAAAAGAAAUUCUUUCAUUCAUUGCUAGUCAUUUUAUUUUGCAAAACAAUGAUAACACGAAAAGAACAUUUAAUUUUAAUAAAAUUAAGGAAUAAGAGAAAGAAAAAAUGGGUAGCACAAGAAAGAAAUGUCCAAUUGAUUAAUUUUAAAUGAAUCUCUAAUUUGUUGAAUUUAGGAUUUUUUUUGCAUGAUAAAUGUGCACUUUAGAUCAAUCAUAAACUGCCAAUUUUUAUCGACAUUGAUUCUUAGUCACGUGCAAAAGAAGUAUCUUAGUCUCAUAACAAAUUUUUUAAACGAACUUUAAUUCUAAAAAUCGUAAAACGAAAUUUUGGUUGAGUGAAAAAUUUUCACUCAACACUUUGAAGACAUUUUCUCGAUGAACUUCAAAAGCACUAUCUAAUAAUAUUCUUAAUUUAUUUUCUUGACUAAAAAUCACUGAUGAUGACUUGAACUUAAACAUUAAUUUAGAUUAAUUAAUAAAUAUAGCAAUUAAAUGUGAAUAAAUGUGCCUUUUCAUGAGCUGAUAAAAUUUAGCGAAACUUAUAAAUUAUUGCAAGUUUAUGUCCUAGAAAUUUAGCAAAAAGCAAAUAUUGUUGAUAAUUGAGGAUGUUACCC